AUGAAGCCAAAGGAAAAGAGCCGAUCUACUUUGCACGAAAGCAGUAGUCACUCUACAACAAUCAAGUCAAGUAAACAGAACAAAGAAAAUCCAGAUGACACCACAGAACCAGCUGAAGAAACAACCGAAGAUGAGCGCGCGAUCGAAACAGAGAUUGCUGUUUCAACCGAGAAUGAACCUAACAGAGCUGCUGCUGAUGAAAACGUGGAAGAAACCACAAGUGACAAUGAAGCUGAAGAUAAUAGUGCAGCAGAAGAGCUUGAUAAUCCUGCAUCAACUGAACAUGACUCAGACACAGCAGUGGCUGUGGACACCGCCAGUGCAAGUGAAUCUGAGUCAGAAGAUGAGGCUUCUGAAGCAAAAGAGAGUGCUGUCACAAGUGAAGAUGACCUGAAGAAAGCUGUUGUUGAGGCCACUCAGGAAGAGGCAGCAGAAGAUGUGACAGAUGCCGCCAAGCACGAAUUUAACAAAGACACCAGUUCAGAUGAGUCAGAUGUGAAGGAAACGGAUGAAAAACUGAGUGAAGAUGAGAUUGCUGAGCAAAAGGAAAUUGCUGCCACAAGCGAAGAUGAAAUGGCAGAGGAAGCAGAUGAAACAAGUGAUGAGUCAGACAAGACAGAGUCGUCUGAAAAAAUCGGAGAAAGCAGCGCUAAUGAAGAAUGUAAAGAAGACGAAAAAGGUGAAGAUACAAGUAAGAAGCUAGUAGAAGGUGAAACAACUGGAGAUGAAUCUGAAGAACCUGGAAAGGAAGAGGUGGAAUCUGGUGAAAAUGAAUUGACUUGUGAAGAUUGCACAGAGGCUUUAACAACAGAGGGCGAGACUGAAAAGCAUGAAACCACAGAGGAAGACUCAGGACAGCCUGAAGCAGGAGAGAAUGAAACUGAUGAAAGUGACAGCAGGGAAGAAUCUGGAGCAGAAGGUACAUCUGCAGGAGAGGAGGCUGAAGAAACUCAAACGGGAAAGGUGGAAUCUACAGAUGAUACGGAAGAUGAAUCCGAGCAAGAUGAAGGACAGAAUGCUGUCAGUGAAUCAGAGACUAAUGCCAACAAACCAGAGAGUGGAUGCCAAGAAAGUGAUGUCACUUGUCAAGAAGAUACUAAUGAUGCUGAUGAUGUAGUGGAGCUUAAACCAGGAGAGGAUGAGGACGUGGAGGAAAAAUCAGAAACCAAAGAAGAAAUCAGAGAAAACAACCCAGAGGAUGAUGUUACACAAUGUAUUAACAUCCCAGAUGGAAGUACCGACGCUUCUGAAAAGGAGGAUGAGGAAACCGAGACACCCAAUGAAGACUGGAGUGAAAAAGAGGGAGAUUCAGCUGAUGGAGAAGACGAAGCAGAGGAAGACUCAGAUGAACCAGAGGAAGAAAGUGGUGACAUACAGCUUCCUUUGGUUACCAGCAAGAUAGACAAUCAAGAUGUAGCUAAUAUAGUACCUAAGAACGCGCUAAAGCCACUUGAUACUUUGAUCAAAGAGACCGCAGAAUCUGAGGACGGCACUUACGCUGACAUUGAAAAUUCAGAGCCUGAAAUAAACAGCCAAGAUGACAUUAAAAGCCUUGAGACAAAGAGUGUGAAAAAGAAGUUGUUUUGA